AUGGCUGGUCGAAGGAGUUUUUUGAACCCUCAAGCACCUGAGUAUAUUCCUGUUUUCUAUACUAACACUGUCAAUAUUCCUCCACCUUCCCUUCCCCUCAACUCUUACCAUUUCCCCGCCGGCUACAUGCCUUCUCCUUUUACACCCAUUAAUCAACUAUCUCAACCACCGUUUUCUGUUCCUCCCUCUCAUUAUCCGGCAACCUCUCUCUACACACCACAGCCUCCGCUUCCGCCGCCACCGCCUUCAUUUCCUGCUUUCGAUCCACCACCGCAGGAGGUUGCACCAUCAACGUUAACAUUCGAUUCUCCAACUCAUUAUCUUCCAAACUCGCUGUACACGUCACCACCUCCAUCUCCUGCCGUCGAUCCACCACCGCAGGAGAUAUCGCGACCAUCGGUAAAACACGCGCCUCGGAAUAUUCCUCCGAGGUUAAUGGCUCAUGAGAAUUCUCGACCUCGGCCUCCUAGGAUGAGAAGUGGUUAUGUCCCAAGACAAAGGGGUCGAGGUUUUUCCAGAGAAAGUUGUUCUAAUGAGGGUUUUGUGCAACGGAAAAUGGAAAAUGAGAGGUCUCAAAGUGUUUGUUAUGGAAAGUGGCCACAGAACAAUAAGCUGCAGAAACACGAUGUGAUACCUCUCACUUGGACCCAAAACAAAACUACUACUGUCAUGAUCAAGAAUAUUCCAUACUCUUACAGCCGUGACAUGUUGAUGCAAUUUCUAGACCAACAUUGCUCAGUGGAAAAUGAAAAGGCCAAAGAUUCUAAUGGACAAAAUAUUGUCUCCGCUUAUGACUUCUUGUAUUUGCCCAUGGAUUUCAAAAAUAAGAGGAGCAGAGGAUUCGCUUUUGUUAAUUUCACAGAUCACGGAGCUGUGUUGAAAUUUUUUGGUGCAUUUAAUAACAAACUAAACGUGUUUCCGGAAUCUCCGAGGAGUGUUAAAAUAGUCACUGCAAAGAUCAAGGGAAAGGAGGCGUUAGUGAACCGGUUCAAAGAUACGAUGUUUGAUUGUGAAUCAGAAGGGUUUCUGCCUGUAAUUUUCAGUCCUCCAAGAGAUGGUUCUGGGGAGUUGUCAUGCAGUUAUGGCCUAUGGGACUUCUUGAGAAAUGGGACAAGUUUUUGA